CGGAAGGGGGGAAAGUACAGAAAUAGUAAAUGAACAGAAAUAGGAUCGACGAGUAUUGAUUGGUGUUGAAAAAUAUUUCCAAAGAGUUCCUUUUUCUCUUCUUGUCGCCUUUUUUUUCGUUUCCUUUUCUUUUCUUCCCUCUUUUUCAGGAAAUACAAAAUAAUGUUAAUGAUGGCACCUUUUACAACGCCUACACCACCAUCAACUAAAGGAAAGAAGCCAUAUAAGAGCUGGUUAAAGGAUGGAGUGAAUGGUGGUCCUUCAUCUAUGGAUGUGUUGGUCAACUGGUUAUCAAAAAAGUCAAAUUACGCCAAAUGGAAAGGAGAUGACUGCGAAAGAAUACCCAAAAAGUCAUUAUUAGAAAGCAUUAUUGACGAAAUGAGAGAAGUGGGUAUCUAUCACCGUUUAGCCAAGGAUGUGGCUUCAAAAAUAUCAACUUUACAAGCAAAUUACCGGUUGGCUCGCGAAUGGAAAGAAGUCGAUGGUAAAAAAUUACUUGAAAGUGGAGCAACAGAAGAAGCCGUCCAUGGUAAGAGUUUUUCUUUCUUUUUUUUUUUUGAAAAAGGGACCCAGAUUAAUUUUUUUUACUAGAGGAGCUGUUGAAAAGAUUUCC